AUGCCCAAAUUCAUCUACCUUCUCCACGCGACGCCUGAAGCCGAAUCCGGUGCUCCUCCCACCCCAGAAAUCAUCGAAGCCAUGACGACUUACAACACCUCCCUUUCUGACGCCGGCAUGUUAUUGGGUGGCGAUGGCUUAAAAUCAUCUUCUCACGGGGCGCGGGUUGUCUUUCCAGAGGUUGGUCAAGAAGCGUCUGCUUCUCCUAGUGUGGUUAAAGGCCCUUUCGAUCUCUCUGCAGGUUUGAUCUGUGGAUUUUGGCUGGUGAAAGCGAAGAGUUUGGACGAAGCGGCCGAGUGGGCCGCUAAGGCGCCGAUACGGGGCACGAAGAUCGAGGUGAGAGAGAUUAGUGGGAUUGAAGAUAUGGGGGAGGCGAUGACGGAGGAGGUUAAGGAGAAGGAGAGAAUCUUGAAGGAGAAGGCGGAGAAGAGGAUCCAGGAGAUGGGUGCUUAG